CUAUAAAAUGAAGAGAAAUCACUUUGAAACAUCAUGAGACAUAGAACCCUGUAUAUUGCAGUCUGUAGCACAUUCUCAUGGAGUAUUUCAAAGCUCUUCUACUUAUAGCCAUCAGCCUCCACUGGAGCUCAGCUGAUUGUCAUAACAAGAACUCCAGUAUAUUCUAUAACAACACUGCUGUCAAUGGACCCAUUAAUUGUCCAAUAGCUCGUGAUUGUAAGGGAUGGCUGGCAGCAGGUGUCAAUAAAAGCGGAAUAUAUCCUGUCAAACCAGACAAUGGAACCGGUUUUCAAGUAUACUGUGAUAUGGAGACUGAUGGUGGUGGAUGGACUGUAUUUCAGAGGAGAGUUGAUGAUAGUGUUGAUUUCUAUCGUAACUGGGCUGAUUAUGAAGAAGGGUUUGGGGAUUUGAAGGGAAACUAUUGGCUGGGACUAGCUAACAUACACAGACUCACUCCAACUGAUGAUAGUUCA